AUGGCCACCACCUCCUCCCUCGUUUCCUGUAUUGGUUCUGCCAUAGAUAAUGCAGAGCUCUUGGUGGGACUGGAAGUGUUGGGGGCUGAUCAAAAUCUAGGGUUGUUGUUGUUUAGGUUAAGGAAUCUUAAGACAUUUAUUCUUUUAGCCGAUAACUCGGAGGACGAUCCAAAUUUUGGAUCUUUUUUGCUCACGAUUGAAAAUGUGGUCUGCGAAAUAGCCCAGAUUUUUCACACUCUGCGCCUUCGUUUGUCAGGGGAAGCUACCUCCUCUCCCGAGCAACUUAAUAUUGCUAAUGUAUUUGAUCUAGCGUCGGUGUUGGAAGAACAUUUAAGAGAUGGGAAGGAAGAAAUUGAUGAAUUCUAUGUCACCCUCUUGGACAAGGAGAGGCAAUCUUCAAACUCUCUUCCACUUUACGAAAUCGGGGUGAUCUUCAAUUCUGUACUGGACAAUCUAUGGGGUUCCAGAGUUCGAAUUUGGGACUUUAAAUUGAAAUCCUAA